AUUUGGAAAUCCAUAUUCUCUGCUGCUUAUAAAUAUGGGAAUGAUCUGAAAAGCCAACUUCAUCUAGUGUACACUACACUACUGCAAAAGGAGUAAAUUGUCGAGAACGUACAUGAUGGAGAGCUCUGCUUUAGCAAGUGCUUCAUUUACGAGUGCAACAUCACUUACUCGAAGGGGGUUAAGUCAUCUCCCGAAAAGUUACAUUCUCCCGCCAUCAGACCGCCCCAACUGCACCCAAAACACCAACUCCUCUAACUUGCCAAUCAUCGAUCUUUCCUCCUUGCAGCAUCCUCUGCUUCGCUCUCGGGUGAUUCAGGAAGUACGUCUGGCCUGCAAGGAACUAGGUUUCUUCCAGGUCAUUAACCAUGAAAUCCCACCUUUGGUCAUGAAUGGUGCCUUAGAUGCUGCAAAUGCAUUCUUUAAUUUGCCAAGCGAAGAUAAAAUGCAGCUGAUGUCUGAUAAUGUUCACGAGCCUGUGAGAUAUGGCACCAGCCUAAAUCAUGUCAACGACAAAGUUCACUUUUGGAGAGACUUCCUCAAACACUACUGCAAUCCAAUCUCAGCUUGGAUUGAUUUGUGGCCUUCAAACCCUCCAUGUUACAAGGAGCAAAUAGGGAACUACGCAAAGGCAGUGCAUGAAUUGCAAAAGAAGCUAAUGGAGCUAAUAUUCGAAAGUUUAGGGUUACAUCCCACUUACUUAAAAGAAGACAUUGAACAAGGAUCAGAAGUCAUGGCUGUUAACUACUAUCCAGCAUGUCCUGAACCGGAACUUGCAUUAGGCUUGCCACCGCACACAGAUUACAGCUUGCUAUCAAUCAUACUUCAGAACCAACAGGGGCUGCAAAUCCUGGACCAGGAUAAAAAUUGGCAUUCAGUCCCAGUUAUAGAAGGGGGCUUAAUUGUUCAACUGGGAGAUCAAAUGGAAGUACUGAGCAAUGGUCAAUACAAGGCUGUCAUCCACAGAGCAACAGUCAACUCAGAGAAGUGUCGAAUUUCAAUUGCUAGCCUGCACAGUCUAGCUCUGGAGAAAAAGGUAGGACCAGCACCGGAACUUGUGGACAAGCAGAACCCAUUAUCCUAUAAAGAAGGCGGCUUCGGUGAUUUUCUCAACUUCAUUUCUGGCAAUGACAUCACAGCAGCAAGGUUCAUAGACACAUUAAAAAUAAAUAAAUGAAGCAGUCAAAUGAUGAAUGGCAACCUCCAACCAGACUACCAGAGGGACAGUUUCUUAAACUAUCACUUCUACCUUUGACUUCUCAUUCUCUACAAUUUGGACAUGGACCUACACUUUCACCUCUUCAAUCCCUGAUGUU